AUGACGCUGUCCAUACACGGGACUUGCACACAUUUCCUGAGGCCAUGCAUUUUGGUUAUCGCAACCGGUGGAACGAUUGACAAGGCUUAUCCUCGAGUGACGGGUGGCUGGGGCUUCGAGAUCGGAGAUCCCGCAGCUGGUCGGAUUUUGGACCGAAUCUUUCCGGCAGGAUUCAGCUUUGAGGUCCAGAGCGUUUGUGCCAAAGACUCGCAGGAGAUUUCGGACACAGAUCGAUCACAGAUCUUAAAAGCUUGCGAGGAAUGGCCUGGCGAUCAGAUCAUCAUAACCCACGGCACCGACACCUUAGUCGAAACGGCCUGCUACUUGGGCCAUCGCGCAGGACUGUGCCUGAAAUCUGGCCACCAAGCGAAUUUGUCUGACCGGCGCAAUGCUUCCAGAAAAAUUCGUGGACACGGAUGCUCACUUCAACAUGGGUGUUUGCUUCGGCGCCUUGGACACGGCUUUACCUGGUAUAUACGUGUGCAUGAAUGGGCGGGUUCGGGAAUGGACAUCAGUACGGCGUGA